CUAACAUGAACAUUCACAACUUGUGAUUAACUUUAAAGGUGGAAACUUAAAAGACAGAGAGAAAUCAAGCUUUAGGAAAAUUUACUUUUAGAAGUUUUUUUUACAUUGGCCAAUUAUCAAUUUUAUUUAUUUAUCAGUCGCUUCUAUCAGUUCAUUAAUUUGUUUCUGUCGGUUUAGUUAUAAGGUGAUAUUAUUGUAACUUUAAGAAUUGUUUGUGAGAGUGGGAGCUGAUAUUUUCAAGCCCAUGGCUGUUUCUGAACCGGUUACCACCCGGAGGAUGGCACUGAAUUUGCGUACCCUGCUGGAUCAUCGCCCGAGCCAUGGGGUAUGCGGUUGCUGUGGGGCCUUGAGGCCACGCUACAAGAGGCUGGUGGACAACAUCUUCCCAGAAGACCCAGAGGAUGGGUUGGUAAAGGCCAACAUGGAAAAGUUGACCUUCUACGCUCUGUCAGCUCCAGAGAAGUUAGACCGGAUCGGGGCAUAUCUGUCUGAGAGACUUUCACGUGAUGUGGCCAGACACAGAUAUGGGUACGUGUGUAUUGCGAUGGAAGCACUCGACCAGCUGUUAAUGGCCUGCCACUGUCAGAGUAUCAACCUGUUUGUGGAGAGUUUUCUUAAGAUGGUACGAAAACUCCUGGAAGCAGACAAGCCCAACCUGCAAAUCCUGGGCACUCACUCGUUUGUGAAGUUUGCUAACAUCGAAGAAGACACCCCGUCAUACCAUCGCAGUUACGAUUUCUUUGUGUCACGAUUUAGUGAGAUGUGCCAUUCCGGCUAUGAGGACCCUGACAUCCGCACAAAAAUCCGAAUGGCUGGCAUCAAAGGUCUGCAGGGAGUCGUGAGGAAAACGGUAAACGAUGAGUUACAAGCAAACAUCUGGGACCCUCAGCACAUGGAUAAGAUCGUCCCCUCUUUGCUAUUCAACCUGCAGUCUGGAGAAGGCACCGAGAGUCGCUCGCCCUCCCCACUGCAGGCCAGUGAGAAGGAGAAGGAAAGCCCAGCCGAGCUGACAGAACGCUGCUUUCGGGAGCUGCUGGGCCGUGCCGCGUAUGGCAACAUCAAGAACGCCGUCACCCCUGUGCUCAUGCAUCUUGAUAAUCAUUCACUGUGGGAAGGCAAAACAUUUGCAGUGCGUUGCUUUAAGAUCAUCAUGUACUCCAUUCAGUCCCAGCACUCCCAUCUGGUUAUCCAGCAGCUCUUGGGACAUCUGGAUGCCAACAGUAAGAGCUCAGCCACAGUGCGUGCUGGGAUAGUGGAGGUCCUCUUGGAGGCAGCUGCCAUCGCUGCCAGCGGAUCUGUCGGCCCUACAGUACUCGAAGUUUUUAACACACUGCUCAGGCACCUAAAGCUCAGCGUGGACUACGAGUUGACAGGUUCUUACGACUGUACAAACAUCGGCACCAAGAUAAUCAAAGAGCAUGAGGAGAGGCAACUUCAAGACGCUGUCAUUAGGACUAUCGGCUCUUUUGCGGACACACUACCCACGUAUCAACGCUCCGAGGUGAUGCUUUUUAUCAUGGGGAAGAUCCCAAUUCCAGGAAUGCAUCCCACACUGUCCUCUAUAGGCUCAGGGCCUGAAGGUAACCGGAUGAUCCAAGUGAUGCUGUUGAAGUCACUGAGACAGGUCACAUGUGGUUUCCAGACUACUAACAUGUUGACAGCGCUGCCCAACUCCUUUCUGGACCCACUGCUGUCUUUUGGACUGCUAGAAGAUGCAGAAAUUCGUCUGCUGGUGCUGGAAAUUCUCGUCAGCCUCAUCGAUCGUCAUGACAACCUUCCCAAGUUCUCCACCAUUAGUAUCAUCUCUGAUAUCUCUGUGCUCAAACUCAAAAUGGACAAGUGCUCACGUCAAGACAACCUCUUCAUGAAGAAGCAUGCUCAGCACCUGUACAGACACAUCUACCUGUGCUGCAAAGAAGAGAGCAGCACGCAGGCUCACUUUGAGAAGCUCUACACUCUAUUGGCUCUCAUCAGUAUGGAGCUGGCCAAUGAAGAGGUGGUGGUGGACCUCAUCCGUGUGGCUCUCGCUCUGCAGGACUUGGCUCUGAGCAAUGAGGAGAUGUUACCAGCGUGUAACCGCUGUGCUGUUCACGCUCUCUCCGCUGCGUACCUCAACCUCAUCAGCCAGCUCACCACUGUGCCGGCCUUCUGCCAGCACGUCCACGAGGUGAUAGAAAUGAGAAUAAAAGAAGUUCCUUACCUGUUACCCGAAGACGUCUUCAUUGCAAAGCCAAAGAUUCCUAAGACGAUGGUAAGGUUGGAAGGGGACGUGCUUUUCCAGCAAGCUAAAAUCGCUGAGGUUCUUGGAGGAAGCGGCUACAACACAGACAGAUUAGCCACACCUUAUGUCGCACAAUUCACAGAUGAGGACCGGCUGUCGAAGAGAAAGAGUAUUGGAGAAACUAUAUCUCUUCAGGUGGAGGUCGACUCCAGAAACAGUCCAGAGAAAGAGGAGAGAACGCCAGCUGAGGAAAUCACAUUUGAAACGCUAAAAAAUGCAAUCGUGGACAGUGUAGGUGUGGAGGAACAAGAGAAGGAACGCAGAAGGCAGUUGGUUGAGAAGUUUCAGAAGGCCCCCUUUGAAGAAAUAGCUGCCCACUGCGGUGCCAGAGCUUCAAUGCUGCAGAGCAAACUUAAUCAAAUCUUUGAAAUCACAAUCAGGCCUCCUCCCAGUCCAUCUGGAACGAUCACAUCAAGUUACGGCCAAACCCAGAGUCGCUCUGUCCCUGUUUAUGAGAUGAAGUUUCCAGACUUGUGCGUUUACUAGUGCAGCUUAACUCAGGAUUCAGGAACUUUCGAGUUUGAAGUAUUAAGCUAUAUUUUCAUGUUUUGAAUGCAGAAAUACUCAUCGACGGGCCACGUUCUAUCCCUUAAGCAUUAGUUGCCGCGUAUCCUCUAUUCUUCCUGUCACGAUGACUGUUGUAGACGGACUAUGACGUGUUCUCAUCCCUGACGUGUUUUCCUAUUUAGGAAUGUUAUCGAGAUAUUCUUGAUGAUAUUUUGUCUACACUAAUACAAGCCAAACAAUGUUGAUUACUUUUUUUGUGACAUUGUUAUGACAAAUAAGCAUGCCCCCCCAAAUUCCCUUGUGUUCAUUUACAUUACAGUAAUGCGAAACCUGCAUUAUUUCAAUAUUUUCAAGUAUUUAUACAUCAUGGUGGUAUUUGUUGUGAUGCCUUAAAAAAACUUAUUUUAAACAAACAUACUUUAAUAAGUACUUGCAUACUUUCAUUCAAUGAAUUUUAUUGUCUACACACCGUUUGUGCAGAUAUCUGGAGUUCAUUGUGUUUUGUUCACCUCGAGCUGUGGUCAGAUGACGCUGUUUGAUGUUACUGAGCGGUCUUCUGGUUAAGGAGUUUGACUAGCACUUUUUACUUUUCUGUAAGGUGGUACAAUAUGUUGUACUUGUUUUGAGUGCUUCCUCACAGAAUUUUCAUCAUACUUUACGUUUUAUAUAUAAAGUUACAUAUAAGAUAUGUAUGGAAAUUUGCUAGUUGGUUUUAGAUAGCACUGAUAGGUCUUGUAAUAAUGUGUAAAAGAAUGAGCGAAUUGGAGUGACGGUAUGUGUUUGUUUUUGUCCCCUAAAGAACUAACAAGCAUGGCACCUUUAUUAUUUAAAAGGUUACAACUAAACAGCAAAACUUGCUAACGUGACUGA